GUUAAGGUAUUAAAGGUAUCACGCAUAAGGUAAUGUAGUAUACGCCUAAUAAAAGAUCAGUGGUGAUGCAGACAGAUGCAAACAUUUUCAUGUCCUUGAUUUGUUUUGUUUUUAUUUUUCCCUGCACUGUUUGUAAAACAUAAUACUGUGCUCAUCUGUCAUUUCCAAUUGCGCACAUUUUUCCACAAAUAUCACCCGCCUGAGAGACUGCACAUGAAUGCAUGUAUAUUAAACGACGGAUAUAACUGGAUUGUUUAUUUAUGGAUUUGUUUAUUUAUUGUAAGGACCUGAGAUAUAAGCGUACCAAACUUUAAAUACCAGUUUUCAUUUAUUAAAUACAUUUGCACCACAGUCUUCUUUUUUUAAAUUUAGAUUUUUGAAAUAAACAAUAUUUGGUUAUUUCAUAAAACAUAUAUAGCCUAAUUUUAAUCAUAUAGUGAAGGUUCUAGUAUGUUUUUAUUUAUUUGUUCAUUUAUGUAUCCUAUUUUUAAGAACCAUGCAAUAUUAUGCAAUGUAUUAUUCGUUUACACCAAUGUCAUUGUGAUAAUACGGGACAUUAUUGAGGUUAGGCAAAGUCACAUUUCUUCUUCAGUUAAGUAAGAGGCGAUGACAGCCUCCUCCUCAUUUAUGUAAAAAAAGCGCCAGUGUUUAAUAGAGUUAUUUGACCAGUUCUCUAAAAUGCAUGCCUACCAAGGUAGUUAUGUUACACAAAACAUAACUGUAAAAUUUUAGGAAUCAAUAUUUUUCAACCUAUACUUGUCUCCAGUGUAAUGAAGCUUUGUUAGUUCUUUCAGGUAAUCUGUAGGUUCUUCAAAGAUGAUAUAACUGAAUAAAUUUUAAGGCAGUAUGUUGAUACAGUCAGAAAUGGAUGACCACAUGCAGUAGAAAAACCAAGGAAAUGCCCAGGAUUUAAUUUAUUUCCUCAAGGUCACCAAGAUCUUAUUUGGAUACAGCAGAUCAUUUGAAUAGAUCAGAGCUGGUUAUCGUGACUGCCGAUGUCCUCUGGAGAUCUGAAGAGCCCUGAUCUGCUCAGCGGAGGAUCACAACACAGGAGGAGACCCAGGCACUGUGAGACUUUAGCAUUCCCUCAUUGCACCAGCUGUCAGGAAAAGAGCAUCUGCAGAUAUUCAUUUCUUGUAAAAGAGGCCUUUGGCAGACCAUUGGAAAGUGCCUCUUCAGUUUCCCUCUUGUAUUAUAUCGAAAAACUUGCAUUUUCAUGGAACACAAUUCAAACUGACCUCUGGUUAACUAUGUGAAAAUGAACUCGGCAAACACUUGGAUAGACUCUUAAUGGUGUUAAACUUCAGCAGAAUCAGACUUUAAAUCUUCCCACUGGAUGCUGGAGGGCCCAAACCUCAUCAAGGUGAUAAUCAUGGUGAUGUCGCAGGGCACCUAUACGUUUCUGGCGUGCUUUGCUGGCUUCUGGCUCAUCUGGGCUCUCAUUGUCAUGCUUUGCUGCUUUUGCAGCUUCGCCCAGCGCAAGCUGAAGCGCCGACGUGAAGAGAGGCUGAGGGAACAGUGCCUGCGGGCUCUGGAGAUGGAGCCUCUGGAGUGCACUGGAGGGGGAUAUCCUCCCAGGGAGCCCCCUCAGUUCUGCCCACCCAUUCAAAUGAUGUCUCCACAGCUGCCUGUAACACAUACUCUCCCUCAGGCAAACUGGACUGUCCCUGAAGCAGACACAGAUGUCUUUGGAAAACCUCCCUGCUACGAAGAGGCCGUAUUGAUGGAGGACCCACCUCCCCCUUACAGUGAGGUUCUGGCGGACCCCAGGGGAGGAACUUACACCAAACCUUCAUCCAGGUCCUCCAGAGAGCACCAGGAGACAGAGACAAGCAAGAUGGCCCCCAUGACCGUGUUUCCAGAACGUGGCUACUCCUCCCUAAUACGCUUACCUUCAGUCAGACGCUGGGACUCACUGGGACACCUACUGUCCACCAUGGACCUUAACCACAACAACCUGCCGGUUGAGCCUCAAGCCUCUGCCAUCGCCACCAUGCCUCGUGAGGGCCGGACUCACACAGACUUGGGCUUGCGGGGACUCCAUGGUUUGGAUCAACACUAUGGCUUGCCUACAGCCUUUCCCCUUUUGGGUCGGAGCACAGCAGUAUGAGGCCACAAAAAUAGACCUCCGGACCACUUCCUGAGAUGAAUACUCACAAUGCUGAGUCAUAUGUGGUCUGAAGAGUUUUCCAAUGGCAUUUCGAACUCUGUCUUUUGGGGGCCGCAUCAGUUCAGGAUGAUUCAGCUUUGUUCAGGGGUUCAUUUGCAGAUCCAUCAUACUCUGUUUUCUCUCUCAUCCUCCUCCUUGCUCUCCGUGGCAUCUCCGCCUGAUGCAGAGCAGCAGCUAUUAUGUGAAUGCUGUUGCCAUGGCUCCCGGGAGCUGUCUGCAGCCCACCAACACCUCGCCCCUCACAUCAUCUCUUCUUCCUUUCUCAUCUGCGGCUUACUGAUAUAAUACAAAUGACAUUUCAAACCUGUCUUUGUGGGGCAAAAUACAGAAGUAUGACAUGGUGAAAUGACAGUGGUAGGUCCGUACUGUAGCUACACAAUGCUGCUCAACUGUACAAAAAUGGUGUUUCAUAAACUGGGAAACAAUUCCUGGCAUCUCUUUUUACAUUUUCUGCCAGUUCUUUUCUCGAGAAGGAGCCUGAACUUUUGGGGGUGGACGGAAAAGCUUCAAAGUAAUCGCAAAUCUUCAAAAGGAAGUUGGCUGAAGAACUGCGAUUUUUGAAACAUGUCGGUGGUGUCCAUUGGAAGAAAGUUGUCUUUUACAGCUUAAAGGGGUCAUGAGCUGCCUUUUUAAUAUUUUGCACUGUUCUCUCAAGAAUAUUACAUAAAAAUAUUAUGAUUUAGAAGUAAUAGGCUAUUUUCUGUCAUGUUUUAGUGUAGUGAGUGUAGAUUUGUAAGUAAACACACACUGCUAUGUUAGGCUAACAGUUGUGGAUGUUUGACAGUAC